AUGUCGAGAAUUCAACUUGGCAAGAAUCGAAGAACUCGCGCGGGUGUGACACAACCAGUCGCAGAACCCGAACCUCAAUUUACAAGGACCACAACUACUACAAAAGAAGAAGAUGACACAGAACCACAACUUGACGAUGAGGAAGAAGAAGAAAAACGACGUAUCCUCGAAACAUUGGCGAAACAAAACAACAAAAACAAACAACCCGAACAACCAAAAGAGGAUGUGCCUCAAGAACCCCCAAAAGAAGAAAUCAAAGAAGAAAUAAGCACAGAAAAAGGUCAAGAAGAACCCCUGCGGAAAUCAAAUUUUUUGAAUCGAAGAAUGUCCCGAGCGGGUUCUGGCAAACGGUUUACGACAGACAGCACUGAGACUCCCGCCAAAGCGGAAGACAGUCCUGUUGAAAAGGAAGCUGAACCUCAUAAAGAGAAGGAGAAAGACAAAAGCGGCAAAGACAAGAAAGAAAGGCGGCUGAGUUUCUUUCAAAAGAUGAAAGGGAAGAAAGACAAGAAAAAGGAAGACGAUACGAGUGCGGGGACAGACUCAAAAACAGAAGAGCAAACAACAGAAGAAGACACUUUGCCAUUCAACGACGAAGCUUUUAAGUCGUUUCAAGAAGAAAUCGACAAACUUAAAAAGCAAGUUGAAGACCAGGAUGUAAGUAUUAUGGUCAAAACUAAGAAAGAAGAAAGUCUCAAUAAAACAAUUGCAGAAUUAAACGACGAAAAAACAAGACUUUUGAAAAUAAGCGAAGUGAAGGACGCACGUGUUUCAGAGCUUGAAGAAAGCUUGAAAAAGGUUGAAGAAGAAAAAAUCAAAAUGCGAGAAGAUAAGGCGAAUUGCAACGAAGGAAUGGAGAAGGUGGCCGAAGAACUUGAAAGUGUAAAAAAGGAGAAGCAAGCCUCCGACGAAACGAACGAGAAGAACUUGAAAACAUUGAAUUUGAAGAUUGAGGAAUUGAAGCAAAGCAUUGCAGAAAAGGAUGAGGAAAACACGAAAAUGAAUGAGCGUAUUGACAUCUUAACAAAAGAGAAAGAAACGAAUUUGACAACAUUCGACGAGGUGUCGAAAGAAGUUGAAAGUUUGAAGACACAACUUGAAAAGGUUAAUCAAGAGAACACACAACAAAAUGAAAAGAUGAAAAACGACUUUGAAAUUGAGAAACAAAAUCUUUUGAAGCAAAUUACAGACGGAAAGGAAGAAAUAACAAAAUCGAAUGAAGACAUUCAAAAUCUUCAAAGCGAAAAGAAUAAAAUUCAAGAAGAGAUGAAAGAACAAGUCGACAAGAAUAACAAAUUGGAAAAACAAAUUGAAGACCAGAAAGAACAAAUCAAAACACUUGAAGACAAAGUCGAAAAGGUUGAAAAUGAAAAAGCAAAGGUGAUGAGCGACAUGGCAAAUGGCAGCGAUGGGAUGCAAAAGCUGAAUGAAGAACUCGAAAAGGUCAAUUUGGAAAAACAUACUUUGGAACAACAAAAUUCAGAGAAGGACAAAACCAUUAAGUCGGUCAAUUUACAGAUUGAGGAAUUGAAUAUAAAGAUCCAGCAACAAGAAGAAGAGUUUCAGAAAGUUACAGCCGAAAAAGUGAAUUUUGAGACUCAGAUUACUGCAUUAACACAGAAAAUAGCCGGUGGAGAUAGUAGCGCAGUACUUCUGAAAAAUCAAAUAGAAGCACUGAAUGAAGAAAAUAAGAAAUUAAAAGAAGAAAUUUCCGAUUUAAAAACAAAGGUGUCUGGUUUUGUUAGCGAAUCAUCUAUUCUCAAUGCAGAACUUGAUAAAUUGCGUGCUGAAAAUUCGAGGUUGAGCGAUCAGCUUUCACAACACAAAGAUGUCAAAGACUCUUUGGUCCAAUCAGAAGAGAACAUUAACAAACUUAAAGAACAACUGAAAAGUCUUGAAAAAGAGUUGACUGAGAGUGAAAAUGCAAAGAAGUCACUUGAAGAAGAAAAUUCGAGUCUGAAUGAUGAAAUUGAAAAACUGUCGAAUGACAAAAGAACAAAUAACACUGACAACAUCCAACAAGUUUUGACUCUUAAAAAGGAGAACCAACACCUCUCAACUUCUUUAGAACAAAAGAAAGAUGAAGUCUCUCAAUUGCAAGAGAAAAUAGAAGGGUUUGAAGGGAUGGUCGCUCUCUUAAAAACUCAAUUAGAGAAGAGCAAAGUUGACACACAAGAACUUACUUCCUUAAGCGAAGAGAAUAUUGCGAAGGAACAAGAGGUCACAACACUCAAAGAGAAAAUUGACGACCUUGAGAAGCAACUGCGUACUGUAAAAAGUCGUGCAAAUUCCGAUCAGACUGUUAGUCGUAUUCAAAACACGCGCAGUGGGAUGAACAACACCAUCGAAGACUUGAGACAGAAACAAAGCGAAUUGGAAAAGGCGAAUUGGGACCUGAAAGACACUAUCAACGAGUUAAACAACAAAUUAAGUGACAAAGAGCAGCUUAUAGAAAACUUGAAAGACAACAACCAGAGUGUCAUCGGAAAGACAGAAAGUGAGAAAAAGAACUUGGAAGACACAUUGAACGAGCGAACAACAGAACUUGAAAGUCUUAAAGAACGUCUUGAAAAGGAAAUAAUGGAGAAAAAGCACAUCCAAGAUGAUUACAACGAUUACGUCAGAAAGGAAAUUGGAGAAAGUGGGAGUGUCGGUGAGCCUGGCGAGGAUGAAGCAAGAGAGAAUGAAAUAGCAGUGAGACAAUUGCGUGUUGAAAACACUAAACUGCGAUGUAGUGUAGAUACUUUAAGUGAACAAGUUAUGAGUAAACAAAACUUGUUACAACAACGGGAUGACAAAAUAAUGAAGAGCCUUGAAUAUCAUUACUUCGAAGCAGUUUGGACGGCUUUGAAGAUGCAAGUGAUCGAGUAUGGUGGGUCGAAGAGUAUGUUAAAGAGAGUGGCAGAAAACCCGCUCUUCUUGUUCAAGAAAUGUUAUCAGGAAAAUUCAUUUGACAGAUACAACGAGUGGGUUGUGAAAUAUGCCAAAGGACAAAUAACCAAAUAA